UAUUUUCAUACCAUGCGCUCUGUUCUUUAUCGUCAUCGCUAUUCAAUGCCUCCUCUUUGGAAACCUAACCCGACCCGAGUUUCGCAUCCGAAAGAAGAAUGGAACCCUGUGUAAUCUCCUCCAUUGUCGCCUCUCUUUAAAUCUCGGUGCGCUCUCUCCCCAUACCUCCUAUCCCACUCUGUUCAGGUAAACCUCCCCUUUGGCUCCUCCUCCUCCUUCAAUGCAUUGUUCAUGAUUUAGGGAUCGGUCAAGCUUUCUAGGGUUAGGGUUCCAUUCGAGACCAUGAAAAAGACAUAAUUUAUUAAUCCAUUAAGGCUAUCAAGUUCUGUUCUUCUCUGCGGCCUGGGGGCAACACCAACACCAAAACCAAUGAGCUUUGCAAAUCGCCAUGGACUAUCGAUCCAUUCUUGCAAGGCCUGCCAAGAAAAUAAACUGGUUGGAUCUUCCGCAUGACCUCACUUUGAUGAUCAUUGGGAAACUUACCACAUUUCAGAUCUUAACCAGUGUUCAGUUCGUGUGCCGCAUAUGGCACCGCAUCUGCAUGGAUCCGCUCAUGUGGCGCACCAUCAACAUGUGCGAUAUUGGUGUGUACGAUUCAGUGGACUAUAAAUUGGGGGAAAUGUGCCGCCAUGCAAUUGAUCGUAGUUGUGGCCUGUUGGUAGACAUAACUAUCAAGUACUUUGGUACCGAUGAUCUCCUCAAGUAUAUAAUUAACUCGGGAUGUUAUAAAUUGCGACAUUUGCGACUUGUUAAAUGCUAUCGAAUUUCAGACAAAGGAUUAUGUGAGAUGGCUGAAAAGCUUUCAUUGUUGGAGGAACUUGAUAUUACCCCUUGUUUCGAUGUAUCUAGUAUUGCUUUAGAAGCAAUUGGUCGAGGUUGUCCUCUUCUGAAAUCAUUCAAAUUUAACAAUGGUUCUAUUUGUGAGGGUAACGGACAAGCAUUUGCUAUUGCACAAAAUAUGUCCAACUUACACCAUCUCCAACUUGUUGGAAACUGCCUCGACAACAGUGGCUUGAGCGCCAUUUUUGAUGGUUGUUCUCAUCUUGAAUCUCUGGAUUUACGCUACUGUUACUAUGUUGAGUUGGAGGGGAUAUUGAGGACAAGAUGUGAUGAACAAUUAAAAGAUUUCAGAGAUCCAGAUGCACCCCUUGACUUUCAAUUUUGGGAACGAUGCUAUAACACCACAGACGAUGAUGCAUUAGAUGAGUAUCUACACAAGAAGAGGGUUAAAAAACAAGAAGCUGAGAGAGCCGAGAAAGAAAAAAGAUAUACAGAGGCAGAAAAUUUGGAUGAAGCAAAUUGGGAGGAAAUAUAUGCUAUAUGGGAAUGUAUUAAAAAUCCAAGGUUACUGUAUAAAGGAUUAAUUCCAAGAUCAAGUAGGGGAAAGAAGAAUAAUGCUAAAAUCAAAUGGAAGAAGAAACAUGGAAGAAAGGAAUGCAAAAUUAAUAACCGAAAAAGCAUAUUUUAUGAAAUGAAAGAUGCACAUGAAUUAUUGCAGUCUAAUGUUUUCUUUCUUUAAAUUAUAUUUUUUUUAUAUAGAUAUGUUUAUUUUAUUGGUUUAAUUUCGUCUCUCGUCAAAAAUAAAGAAUUGUUUGAAGUUUUUGAAUAAUAUAAGUUUGUUGAGACAUUUAUUAUUAUUAUUAUUAUUAUUAUUAUUAUUAUUA